AUUAGUACUACCCAAUGAUUCCUUUCGAAAGCUGCUCAUAACCGUCGUUGAAAUACUGUUGAAUUUAUUAAAAAUGACAGUCCCUUCUAAUUUAGCCGAGUUGGAUAUCGACGAACUUAAAGAAAUAGCAAAAUAUCUCGAAUUCUACAAAAACCAGCAAAGUAACUCGAAUAAGGGUACAUCUUGUGAAAUUAUAGAUGAUACAUCUCUCCUAGCCGUUUGCCGAGCGAAUUAUUUGGCAAAAAAGAAUUGUUUUCAAAUGAAGGAAGAGAUCAGACGGAAGAAGCAGUGUGAAGAUAGGGAAUAUAUAUAUAAUAAUAUUUCGGCAUUUACUUCUAAAGGAAAAGUACUAGAAAAAAUCUACCAAGAGCUAAAGGAACACGAGGGUACUCUUAAAAGAAUUAAUGGUUACAGCUUCACUAUUCAUAGCCUGGAGAGAACAGCGAGAGGAAAAAUAGCUUUUGUGUUCAUCUUCAAUGAAAAAUCGAACGUUAGCGUAAUGAUAAAAGAUGAUUUAAGUAUAGAAACUCAACCAUGUUUUGCAAAUCUUAGUCUAUCGAAUUCACUUGAAAAUUGGGAAGAACUUAUUAUUAGUUUAUGCAAAGUGAUUGAAUCUCCUUAA